CCUCAAGAUGGUUCUCUGUUUUUCUAAACUGCCGCACCGCGCCGUGUCAACACGGAUAUUUCUGCCGUCUUUAUUAUUCGUGUGAAUUCUCCCACAAAAACAAGGAUUAUUUAAAUAACAAACUGUUAACGAUGGGUUUUUUUUCUUACUAUGUUGUUUGUAUUAAAAUGAAAAUGACGCAUAAAAAUAAUUCAUCUAUUCUUUAUUUCUAAAAUAAAUAAGCUUUUUCUCAGAAUCAACAUUUCGUUGACUAUUUAUACAAUAGUUUUUCGUUAUUAGAAGUAAAAAUUUAACGAUAAAAUUAUUCUAAUAUGUCAAAAAAUCUUAAUGAAAAAGAAUUAAAAAAAGUAAGUAAUUAUCAAUAAAUUUAUUUUAUUAUUAAAAUAAAAUUUAGUUAUUCAAUACAUUUGAUAAUGGAGAUGGAAAAUUAUCAUUAGCAGAAAUUCUAACAGCUAUCAACGAACAUUAUCCACAUAUUAUUAAACAUAAAAAUGCCAUAAAACGAGCUUUUAAAAAUGCUGAUAAAAGUGGAGAUGGUAGUAUUGAAUUUAAUGAAUUUUCAACAUUAAUUCGUUGGCUUAAUCGUUAUGAUGAAUUAAAAAAAUUAUUUCAACAAAUAGAUGUAAAUGAUGAUCAUCAAAUAAGUAUUAAUGAAUUUAUAAAAGGUCAUGAGUUACUUAAUUUAAAUACGCAACUAUUACAGCUAAAAUUUAAUUCAAUUGAUAGAAAUCAUAGUGGUUAUAUUAUCUUUGAUGAAGUAAGACCAAAUGGAUAA